ACAUUCAGUCGUCACUCCACUUGAAUUUGUCGCCCACACUGCGUCCAACAGCUUUUUUUUUCCAAUUUGCAUACCGGGUGUUUUUAAUAGCUAACAUAUUUCAUAAUUAGCAGCUAUGGCGUUUUCCAAAUCCGCAUCGAUUGCACUGUUAUUGGUGGCAACAAUUUGCUGUUCCAUCGUGAACGCAGGCCAGGUCGUUCCUCUUCCUUCCGCUGUCGAUCGCCAAUCCAAGCAAAUUCACUUGGCUCCUUCCCAAUUCUAUAACUACUACGAUCCAGGCUUCCAGUAUCAGAUGUUGAUCCCAACAGAAAUCGACAACUCAAAAUUGACAUCAGGCGAUGAUUCCGAAUCGGAAGCGUUGCUGCAAGGAAGACAAAAUCUGCCCAUAACUGCCACCCCAGCUGCAUCAGAGUGUGUCAUAACCGAUUCCGGGAAAAACGGCUUGGGCGGUUGCACGAAAGGAUCGCAAGCGGCUUCAGGAAACAUCGAUCUUAAAUUCACUGCCGCUAACCAAGGAGUCGUCAUUGCACUCGUGCCAAACCCCAAAAGAUAUUCCAAAGUCAAGAUCACUUGUUCGGAAAUCACCGCUGGCGUCAAGGCCUUUACGAAAACUGCCAAAAUUGCGGCGACGACGGAUACGCCCGUGACCGAGUUGAAACAAACGCAAAUUCUAGUUGUUAGUGCUGCCGAUAAGGACGUGUUCAAGUGCAGUUGGGAAUCCUCUUAAUAAUCCAACAUGUCCAGGGCUUUUUCUCCACGAGUCAAUGGUGUAUCGACUACAUUAUUGUCGUUGCUGUGGUGGUAGCAUGUUAGACGUCCAUGAAAUAUUUAAUAAAUUGUAUUUGAAAACCCUUUUGAAAAAUAAACAUCAACAUCCCUAAA